CCCACAGCUGUUGGGUAAGGUGAUGCGCACUGAGGAGCUCUCCAAAAGGCUGCUGCCUCACUCCCAGAGCAUGACGAUGGGCAGAGUUUUCGAGUAACGCCAUGGAUUUCCACGUUACGGCUCUUAUCAUGAAUGCCCUGUAAAGGACUUGCAGCCUAAUAUAAAAUCUUACAGUUUUUUUGUUUGUUUGUUGUUGUUUUUUUAUUAUCGACAUUUUUUUUUUUUUAGAAUCGAGGAUGUGAAUUUAUUUUUGUUUUGUUCUCUUUUUUAAACCGCAGAAAUGUUCAGCAUACCUGGGAAGGGGCUUUUGCCAACUUCAUGGACUCAAUAAAUCCGCGUUUGCACGGCUUCUUUUUCUAUAUAUAAUGAACUCGUCCUCAGCUGGAAAGGUUCGUAAAAUUAUUUGAAAUGUCCGAUUUCCACAACCGAAGCCAAGUCAGUGCACGACGCAGUGACUACGUGUGGCAGUAUGAGUAUUACGAAGACGAGGAGCCUGUCUCUUUUGAGGGACUUAAAGCUCACAGAUACUCCAUUGUCAUAGGUUUCUGGGUGGGACUGGCAGUUUUCGUCAUUUUCAUGUUCUUCGUUCUCACGCUGCUCACAAAGACCGGAGCACCACAUCAGGAGAACCCAGACUCGGGGGAGAAGCGGCACCGACCAGAGGGCUGUCUGGUCGACAUCAAUGGCCACCAGGACGAUAAUGACAAAGCUUUCUCCCGCCCGCUGUUGGAAGGCUCCCGUUCGUACUUUAAUUUCUACAUCAGCGAGGAAGAUCAGGCCCACGAGAAACAGAAACCGGAAGACAAAAUGAGUUCUGCAAAAGACAAAGCUGAAAGACUGCAGCGCUCUGCUGAGAUAGAUGAGAUGGACGAGGACGUUGAGGAAAGCGGGGGGCAGCACCAACCUCUCAGUGGACUCAUUGAGAAAAGUAAGUCAGACAGAGACAGAGAGUGUGCUUUCCUGUCUCACUUCAGCAUCCCAAACUUUGUGAACUUGGAUCCUGGCUCCACACUGGGAGAGGACGAUCUGCUGUACGAGCCGUCCGUCAUCCUGGAGCGUCAGUCUCAAGCUCACAACGGUCACUGUGACACCCACUAAGGUGGACCGCUACAGUGGUCUUGUAACAUAAAUUGGUUUACAUUCAGAAGCAUUUUGAGACGGGCAGAGGGAAAUAUAUGCACCUGCUCCGUCUUUCUGUAAAAGCUUUCAAAUUACUUUUUAGUGUUUUCUAAAAAGAAAAAAAAGAGAAAAAAAAGCCAAAAGGUUGGAAGGCAUACCCUGCAAAAGCAAACUCAGAGUAACAAGAUGAGUUUCCCUCCAGAAGAAGAGAUUGCCUUGGAAAUGAUACCUGUUAUUUCAAGUACUGUGAGCCUGAAUUGGAUACAGCUGGGCUGCAUCCAGGCUCUGCACAGAAAAAGAGAAUAACGAAAGACAAGUGGGGGUCACUGGGGAAGGAUGUGUUGGGGAAAUUAUUAUGCUAUUCUUGGUGUUUUUGUUGUUCUGUAAGAUUGUGAGCAAUGGGUCUGUCUCUGGAUGAGAGUCAGAGAUACAAGCUGGUGGUUUAGAAAAAAGAAGAAAGCAACAUAAAUUCAGAGGACGUUGUGCUAUAGUCAAAUAACAUUAAACAAGCUGAAAUGUACCAAUUGUAUGUUUUGUAGCACUGAAUGAAAAUCACUGUUUUUUUUGUUUUUUUUUGGUGGGUAUAUGUAUACUUCACAUAUAAACAAGAAAUACUGCAUAGAGAUUAAAGACAGUUUUAAGUCACCUUCA